AAAAAAAAAAAAAGGAAAAAUUAGCGAGGGCGCGAGGAGCGAGAGGAGGGGGUCUGGCGGCGGAAAAUAAAUAAAAUAAAGAAAACGGCAGGAGCGGCUCCAGCCGGCGGCAGCAGCGGCGGCGGCAGCAGGGCAGCGGCAGCCGAGGCGGAGGCAGGCGGCAGGCACGGUCCCCUCGCUCCCCGCUCGCCCCCGGCCCCCGGCCGCCCGCCCCCCCCCCGCCCCCCGCCUCUCUCCCCGGCAGCCCGCAGCGAGCCGCGCCGCUCCCCAGCACUUUUUUGGGCCCGAGAUAUGGCAAUGGUAGUUAGCAGCUGGCGAGAUCCGCAGGAAGACGUGGCCGGGGGCACCCCGAGCGGCCCCAACCCCGCAGCGCAGCCGGCCCGGGAGCAGCCCCCCCAGCAGCAAGGGGGCUCGGCCGCCCCGCACACCCCGCAGACCCCCAGCCAGCCGGGACCCCCCUCCACGCCGGGCACGGCCGGGGACAAGGGCCCGGGCCAACAGGGCUCGGGGCAGAGCCAGCAGCACAUCGAGUGCGUGGUGUGCGGGGACAAGUCCAGCGGCAAGCACUACGGCCAGUUCACCUGCGAGGGCUGCAAAAGUUUCUUCAAGAGGAGCGUCCGCAGGAACUUAACUUACACAUGCCGUGCCAACAGGAACUGUCCCAUCGACCAGCACCACCGCAACCAGUGCCAGUACUGCCGCCUCAAGAAGUGCCUCAAAGUGGGCAUGAGGCGGGAAGCGGUUCAGCGAGGAAGGAUGCCGCCCACCCAACCCAACCCCGGCCAGUACGCCCUGACCAACGGGGACCCCCUGAACGGGCACUGCUAUCUCUCGGGAUACAUCUCCCUGCUGCUGCGGGCCGAGCCCUACCCCACCUCCCGCUACGGCAGCCAGUGCAUGCAGCCCAACAACAUCAUGGGCAUCGAGAACAUCUGCGAGCUGGCCGCCCGCCUGCUCUUCAGCGCCGUCGAGUGGGCCCGCAACAUCCCGUUCUUCCCCGACCUGCAGAUCACCGACCAGGUGGCCCUGCUGCGGCUCACCUGGAGCGAGCUCUUCGUGCUGAACGCGGCGCAGUGCUCCAUGCCCCUACACGUGGCCCCGCUGCUGGCCGCCGCCGGCCUCCACGCCUCCCCGAUGUCCGCCGACCGCGUCGUCGCCUUCAUGGACCACAUCCGCAUCUUCCAGGAGCAGGUGGAGAAGCUCAAGGCGCUGCACGUCGACUCGGCCGAGUACAGCUGCCUCAAAGCCAUCGUCCUCUUCACCUCAGACGCCUGCGGGCUGUCGGAUGCGGCGCACAUCGAGAGCCUGCAGGAGAAGUCGCAGUGCGCGCUGGAGGAGUACGUGCGGAGCCAGUACCCCAACCAGCCCAGCCGCUUCGGCAAGCUGCUGCUGCGGCUGCCCUCGCUGCGCACCGUCUCCUCCUCCGUCAUCGAGCAGCUCUUCUUCGUCCGCUUGGUAGGUAAAACCCCCAUCGAGACCCUCAUCAGGGAUAUGCUACUGUCGGGGAGCAGCUUCAACUGGCCUUACAUGUCCAUCCAGUGCUCCUAGAGCCCGGCCCGCACCCCCGGCAGAGACGCUGCGCGGCGGCGGAGGCGGGAGCGCUCGCACCGAGGGGCAGUCGGGGUGCGGGGGGGCCCCGGGAGGCGGACACUAAAACAAAAGAAAAGGCCCGAGUGGGAUCAGAGGUGUGGCCGCGGUUGGGAGAAGGACGGACCUUGGCGUCCGUGGAGGUUGUGGUGCUUUGGUUGGUUUUCGGUUUGGUCGGUUUUUCUUUUAUUUUUAUUUUUUUUUAUUAUUUUUUUUUCCUUUUGGAGAGGAGGAAAAAAAAAGAUGAUAAUAAUAAUAAAAGACAAAAAAGCAAAAAAAAAUACAAAAAAUACAAAAAAAAUAUGAGUAUUGAGGGGAUAUUAAUCAAACCUGAAGGGGAUACUGGAUCUUCCAGGAUUUAUUGUGGACUGUUGUUGAUAUAUGCUGUACAGUAACAAACAAAACAAGAUGCGUUGAAACUGAACUGAACCUUGUGUAGAAUUAAAAACAAACAAACAAGCAAACAAACAAACAAACAAAAAAUUCCACGCGCAAACACUUACCACGAGCAUUGUUACUCAUUUUGUAAAAUAUUAGUCUUUAUUUUCAUUUUUUGUAAAACUUAAAACAUCGUAUGCGCAUAAAGGAAAAACAAAAGAAACGAGAAUUAGGGGAAAAUAACAUUUUCCAAAUAAUUAUAAAAAAAAUUGUCCUGUGUCUAUGUAUCUAUAUCUGUUUUGUAUUUUUUUCUGGUUCCAAACCAGGUUUCCUGUGAUUCUAUACUAAUAAUUUUUGAUAUAACCCUUUGCUUCUUAUAAUGAGUGCGAUAUAUGUUGUCGAAGCUGUUCUUCAAGAAUUAAAAUUGAAGUGAGAAUUUAAACAAAAAUAAAAGAAUUUAGCAAAAAAAAAAAAAUCAACUUAUCACCCCACAACCGAUGAGUCUUGUUGCUUGAAACAUGCCAACAGUUCACCAAAUAAAAAAAAUAAAAUAAAAUAAUAAAAAAAAAAGGAAAAUAACAAAAAAAAAAGAGUUUAACCUCCCUGGACUUUUUAACUCCUUUACUGGUGUUAAAAGGGAGAACUUU